AUGAUCAAGCCCGACGGCGUCCAGCGCAACCUGGUGGGCGAGAUCAUCGCUCGCUUCGAGAAGAAGGGGUACAAGCUCGCCGCUCUCAAGAUGGCGCGGCCGGAGCGAUCGCACCUCGAGGAGCACUACGCCGACCUCAGCGGCAAGGGCUUCUUCGCCGGCCUCAUCGACUACAUGGCGUCUGGCCCCGUGGUGUGCAUGGUGUGGACGGGCGUGAACGUGGUGCUUGAGGGGCGCAAGAUGCUCGGAGCCACCAAGCCGUCAGAGUCGGCCAUGGGGACCAUCCGCGGGGACUUCUGCGUGGAGGUGGGACGCAACGUCUGCCACGGCUCCGACUCCACCGACUCGGCCGAGCACGAGAUCAAGCUCUGGUUCCCCGAGGGUGUGUGCGAGUGGGACGCGUGCACCAACGCCUGGAUCUACGAGAAGUAAAGGAUGGGUGGAUGAUUUCCGCAAACCACGGCGAAGAGAGCCUUGUUCUUUUGGAGACCGGGGUUUCGACACCGUGCACGUCGACCGCACCAGACGUUUCUUGGAUGGUCCUUGGCUUGUAAACGCAUGCCUCGUGAACUUGACAGUCCCAUGACCUGACAGUCUCGUGACUAGAAAUUCUCGUGCCGUGUGGCGCUCUGGGGGUUGCUGAUCGAUCGCCUCGAUGUACUAAUAGAGAGCAAGAGACUUCGUGUAAGCUCUGUAGGCUGUGUAGGGCUAACAAAUAUCUUGUGGAUUUCACGCGACCGUGGAGCUUGGGCGACCCACAGCUGGGGCCGAUCGAAUUUCACCUAUUAUAAUAGCGGGUUUCGCCAGUGUUGCAGCAUUACGGUACUGCUACCAUAGGCAAGAGAUGUAGGGAACUCUGGGCUCCGGUGGAGUGGUGUUGGGAGUGAACUACACCUGCGUUUUGCGCGAGUUUCGACACAUGAAUCUUCUUGCGCCCGAAACCUAAGCAGAGAGAGCACUACCGCACUCUGGACU